CGGCGGAGAACGCAAGGCCUCUGAAGUGUAGUAAACAUCAUGAACUCAUUAAAUUUUACUGCGACACGUGUCAGAAAACAAUCUGCAUGUCUUGCUCUGUGCUUGAGCAUAAACCACACAACGUCGUUUCGCUGGAAGAAAGCGCCUCGGAUGCCAAAGAAGAAGUUGAGAACCUUUUGAAAAAAGUUAACAAAAGGGUUGAAACAAUCUCUGUGGGAAUCGAUGUAGCUGUAGCGAAAAGCCAAGAUAUAACUUCCAGAGAAGAGUCGUGUAAGACCCAGAUUGAAACGUUUUUCACACAGUUGCAUGAGGAAAUCGAUGCCGAAAAGCAAAACAUGCUGGCAAUAACCGCAUCGACAACAGAACGCCAAAAAAGUGAAGUCGAAGAACCGAAGAAGGUGCUGGACCUCGCGCUCUCUACGUGCCAAAAUGGUAUGAAUUUUGCAAAGCGUACUCUUGAAAAUGGAAACGACGUUCAACUUUUGAACAUAAAACCAACCAUCACACAGUAUCUGGUUAACUUAAAAAGCGUGCAAGAUGAAAUCACUCCCAAAGCAGGAAACCCGGUUCGAUUUUUAAAAAAAGAAUCCCCAAUUCAGUUUUGUAAACAGUCAAUCAGAGACAUAUGUUCUGUCGAAGAGGUAGCUGUCUGUCCUGCAAAGUGCGAAGCGAAGUUUCUAGAUUCAACGCUUAAAGUCGGGAAGAGAUCGGCGAUUGUUAUAACAUGCAAGGACAAGGAAGGUCGGAUUAUAAGCUCGGGUUGUGGGAAAGAUCGAAUUGAAGUGACCUUCAACGGUGUGCAGCAACAAAAUGCCAAAAUAUUGGAGAAGCAAGAUGGCACUCAUGAGAUUCCAUUUGUGAUAAAUAAGCUUGGCCUAGGGACUCUUCAGUUUGAAGCAAAGAUCAAUGGUGUUGUGGCUCCAGGUUGUUCUCUUGAAGCAGAAGUGAAAUGGCAGCUAAGUGAUGAUCAUGGCAGUGGGUAUUUACGAAAGAACGAGCAAAUGGUCAACUGCAUGUCAGGAGAGGGUGAUGUGGGGAAGUACUGUUUCAGGUUGGGGGAUACACCUAUGACGUCAGGUAUUGUGAAAUAUUUAAAGGAUUGUUUAUACGUUUCAUUUAUGAUUCCGAAAAGCUGGAGGGGAGCAGUUGCCGCAGCUGCAAGAACUCGCCAUCCUUGCGCCGAUUAA